AUGUGCUUUUGUAGAGGGCCGACUUCUGCUGGAAAGCAUUAUGCUAGCUACAAAUUAGUUAAGGAUUAUCACAAAGAUGUAGUAUCCUCUCGACCAGCGAUUAAAAUAGACAUCUCUAAGGCGUUCAAUACUGUCCAAUGGACCUUUAUUGAAGCUACGCUUUGCACCAUGAAUUAUCCGGACCUAUUCAUAACGUGGAUUAUGCAUUGCAUCGAUACAACAGGGUUUUUGGUCUCAGUGAAUGGUGAACUUGAGGGUUUCUUCUCUAGUGUUCGAGGUGUGCGCCAAGGCCGAUCCCUCUCUUCCUACCUUUAUGUGAUUGCAAGCAAUGUCCUCUCUAAGAUGAUCAACAAGUCUGUGAGAAAUGGCAGCAUAGGUUAUCACCCCUGGUGCCGAGAGGUUAGUCUAUCACAUCUGAGUUUUGCAGUUGACAUUGUGGUGUUCACUAAUGGCUCUCAUGACUCGUUAGAAGGCACUCUUCGGGUCUUUGAUGAUUUUGCUCGCAUCUCAGGUCUCACCAUAAACAUCUCCAAAUCAACAGUGUUUGCAGCAGGACGAGGAAAGCGAGAUUUGGACGAAACUGCGCAUCGGGUGGGUCUCUCAGUCUCAGGAAUUCCAGUAAAAUAUCUUGGGCUUCCGCUAACAACCAAGGUUAUGUCGAGAAGCGAUUAUGAGCCGCUCCUGGCCAAGAUUCGAAACCGGUUCCUCGCUUGGACGAGCUCCUCCCUUACCUUUGCUGGCCGACUCCAGUUAAUAAAAUCUGUGAUGGCUAGCAUCACAAACUUUUGGUGUGCAACCUUUUGCUUGCCACAAGAUUGUAUUGAUGAGAUAGAAAGCAUGUGCUCAGCGUUUCUUUGGAGUGGCUGGCGAAAAAUUUCAUUAUUCACAAUGGUCGCAUCAUCAGGUUUUGGACUGAUAUAUGGCAUCCUCUUGGAAGAAUCAUUGAGCUCACCGGAGAAGUAG